AUGAACGGCGGCGAGGAGCAGUACUUCGCAGCCACGCAGCUGUACAAGGACCCCUGCGCGUACCAGCGGGGCCCCGCGCCGGAGUUCAGCGCCAGCCCCCCGGCGUGCCUGUACAUGGGCCGCCAGCCGCCGCCGCCGCCGCCGCCGCCCUUCCCGGGGCCCCUGGGCGCGCUGGAGCAGGGCAGCCCCCCGGACAUCUCCCCGUACGAGGUGCCCCCUCUCGCCGACGACGCAGCGAUGGCGCACCUCCACCACCAUCUCCCAGCUCAGCUCGCGCUCCCCCACCCGCCCGCCGGGCCCUUCCCGGAUGGCGCCGAGCCCGGCGCCCUGGAGGAGCCCGGCCGCGUGCAGCUGCCCUUCCCGUGGAUGAAGUCUACCAAGGCUCACGCGUGGAAAGGCCACUGGGCAGGCGGCGCCUACGUUGCGGAGCCAGAAGAAAACAAACGGACACGCACCGCCUACACCCGCGCGCAGCUGCUGGAGCUGGAGAAGGAGUUUCUAUUCAACAAAUACAUCUCGAGGCCGCGCAGGGUGGAGCUGGCCGUCAUGCUGAACUUGACCGAGAGACACAUCAAGAUCUGGUUCCAGAACCGCCGCAUGAAAUGGAAAAAGGAGGAGGACAAGAAGCGCAGCUGCGGGGCGGCGGUCGGGGGUGGCGACGACGCGGAGCCCGAGCAGGACUGCGCCGUGACCUCGGGGGAGGAGCUGCUGGCGCCGCCGCCCCCCGCCGUCCCCGCCGUCCCCGCCGUCCCCGCCGUCCCCGCCGCCGCGCGCGAAGGCCGGCUGCCGCCCGGCCUCAGCGCGUCGCCGCCGCCUUCCAGCGUCGCGCCCCUGCGCCCGCGGGAACCCCGGUGA